AUGUCGAACAAGGGCAUCUCACUUGCAUUAUUUUUGGGUGUCCUGGCUCUCAGAGCUUGCGCUUGCGCUGGUGAACACAGCAACGAACAUUUUCAUGCCAAGAGGUCCUUUCCGGGCGCGACACAAACUACCGCCUGGCCUAGCGCCCCUCUCGUCUGGGGAGACGUGAACUUCCUUCAUACAACGGACUCGCACGGUCAUACAAAGGCGUCUUACCCCGAGCCUAAUUACUCAGGGGAUUUCGGCGAUUUCAAGUCCUUUGUAACACAUAUGAAGCAAGAAGCUCUUAAGCGUGGUGUAGAUCUCCUUCUUGUAGAUUCUGGGGAUAUCCAUGAUGGUUCUGCGUUGUCAGACGGUGGUCCGCCAGGCUCGAUAGAUGGAACAGAGACCAAUAAGCUUAUUGAGCAACUUCCUUACGAUAUCCUCGCAAUUGGGAAUCAUGAACUUUAUGUGUAUAAUGUUACGUUCGACAUGUACAAGUAUUUUGCGCCGAAACAGGAUGGAAAAUACCUCUCAUCGAACGUCAACAUUACAGUCAAUGAUGGUAACGGUAAGAUCAUCAGCACGCCAGUUGGAAGUCGCUACCGGAAAUUCAAGACACUCUUCGGACGUAAGGUUACUGCCUUGGCAUACUUAAAUACGACCGUGCAGACUGUUCAGAACAUGGUGAAGGAGCCGUGGUUCGCCGCUGCCAUUACGGAGGAGCCUGACUUCUUCCUGUUGGUUGGGCACAUGCCAAUUGCUCGAGAUAACUGGCCCGUCGUCUUUAAUGCCAUUCGCGCUGUUCACCCUUUGACACCGAUUUUCAUCUUUGGAGGCCACAGUCAUAUUCGAGAUUGCAAUCAGCUCGAUCCACGAUCCAUGUCCCUCGAAUCCGGGCGUUACAUGGAGACGGUUGGUUGGAUGUCAGCGCAGCUUCCUCCGAAGCACCUCAUCACUAACACCACAACCCUGAAUGUGACUCGACGAUAUCUCGAUGCCAACAGAAACACCUACAUGUAUCACACGAAAAAGAAACAAUUUGACACGGCCGGCGGCUUGAUCUUGUCGGAAGAGAUCGUCCAUUUGGCUAAGAAGUACAACAUUAGUUACCAGUUCGGAACUGCUCCGCAGGAUUACUACCUCAGCCGCGCGGCUUAUCCGUCCAACGCAUCAGUGUUGACAUUGCUUGUGAACGAGGUCAUGCCAGUCGGUCUAGCCAUUGCCAAUCCGGCUCGAGCUUCAGUCCCUAACAUUGCCGUCACCAAUGCCGGCUCACAACGCUUUGACAUCUAUUCAGGCCCAUUCACCCGCAACGAUGAAUUCGUCGUUUCGCCCUUCAACAACGGGUUCCUUUACGUCACUGUUCCCUUCAGUGUCGGAAGAAGGGUUCUUGGCGUACUGAAUAAUCAAGGAGCACCGGGAAAACGUGGCAAUAAUUUAGAAACCGAGACAGAGGAAGAAUAUGCUCGAGGUUACGUUGAGGGACGAUUUAAUGCAUGGAUAAGGAACAUGUGGGCAGCCGCUCCGGCCGAUUUGAAGCGCGUCCAGAAUGCGAAUUUGACGUUGGGUUACAUGACCAAUGAUAGUUGCCCAGGCGUCGGCGAUGACACCCUUCACUCGCCAAUGCCGCACUAUAGUUCUCCAGCUUAUAUUGGCUCUCCCACUCCUACCGGCCUUACCGACUCGGACCCUAUGGAUGUCAUUUUCCCGGACUUCUUCGAAGCGCAAAUUCUUCUUGUCAUUAACAGCUUGCAAAACACAAAGAACUACACAGCAGCAGACAUUUCUACGUAUGGGAAUGUCUACACGAAUACUAUUUAUGGGAUCUUUGCAGAGGCGAAGUGGAAGUAA